AUGGCUACUUGUCGAGUCUCAGUACUCAGUUUGACGUUUUGUACCUCGUUCGAUGUACGCGUCCGUUCAGAUAAUUUGAACACGAGUUUCACUGGUAACCGUAGCGAGCCAGUGGCGCGAUCCGCUCGACACCGUCUGUUUCCCCGUGUGGCGAGUCGGCGGUCGCGCGUUCGAGCGGUGCAAGCCACCUACGACUAUGACCUCGUUAUUAUUGGUGCUGGUGUUGGCGGGCACGGAGCUGCGCUGCAUGCGCGGAGCAGAGGUUUGAAGACGGCAGUUUUAACCGGUGGCGAUGCUGGUGGAACGUGCGUGAACCGUGGCUGCGUUCCGUCAAAAGCGCUACUUGCUGCUGCGGGAAAAGUCCGGGAGCUUCGAACGGUUGAGCGUCUGCAGGCUAUGGGCAUUUCCGUGCGCGGCCAGGUCGACUACGAUCGCCAAGCUGUAAGCAACCACGCGAAUAGCCUUGCGUCCCGCGUUCGAGGGAACCUGGUACAGUCACUGCGCGGUCUCGGUGUCGACGUACUUGACGCUCGCGGCGCUCUUGUAGCACCCCAGAAAGUAGAGUUGCUCAAACCAAGAGAGCGUACCGGGGAACGCGUCGUUACAGCUCGCGAUGUGGUCAUCGCGACGGGAAGUGUACCGGCGGUGCCGCCUGGGAUCCAAGUCGACGGGAAGACCGUCUUCACCUCCGACGACGCCCUCAAGCUGGAAUGGGUACCUGAAUGGAUCGCGAUCAUCGGUAGCGGUUACAUUGGGCUAGAGUUCAGCGACGUAUAUACUGCGCUGGGAUCAGAGGUGACAUUUAUAGAGGCAGCGCCGAAACUCAUGCCUAGCUUUGAUGCCGAGAUCAGUCGGUAUGCAGAGCGGCUACUGAUAUCUCCGCGACCAGUUGACGCAUACACAGGGGUUCUCGCCACCAAAGUCGUACCAGGUAUUCCGGGCCAGAAACCGGUCCAUAUUGAGUUGGUGAACGCUGAGACAAAGGCGCCUGUCGAGGUCCUCCAAGUCGAUGCCGCUUUAGUGGCCACAGGUAGACGCCCGUACACGGAUGGUCUCGGUCUCGAGAAGCUUGGUGUUCGACUGAACAAGGGAUUCGUUCCCGUCGAUGAUCACAUGCGUGUGUUGGACGAGACCGGUGCGCCCAUCGAGCAUCUCUACUGUAUCGGUGAUGCAAAUGGGAAGCUGAUGCUCGCCCAUGCGGCAUCAGCCCAAGGCAUCAGUGUCGUGGAGCACAUCGCGGGAAAUACGUCGUACCGUUUGCGAAUGGAAUGCAUCCCCGCUGCAUGUUUCACACAUCCGGAAAUCAGUAUGGUAGGGUUCACCGAGGAACAGGCUCGGGCGAUUGCGGAGCGCGAGCGGUUCGAGUUAGGCAAGGCUCUCGGUCACUUUAGGGCGAACAGCAAAGCGCUUGCGGAAAAUCAUGCCGAAGGGAUUGCCAAAGUUCUAUUUCGCAAGGAUACAGGAGAGCUCCUGGGCAUGCACAUUAUAGGCAUGCAUGCGGCAGAUCUCAUUCAUGAAGCAGCAAACGCUAUGCAGACCGGCAUUCCCGUUCACAAGUUGGCAUUCGCAGUACACACGCAUCCGACUUUGUCGGAAAUCUGUGACGAAGCGUUCAAGGCUGCUGCCGGCAUGGCUGCUCAUUAG